AUGGAAGAGACCGCAGCCUGUAAACAGCAAGUCGCCUCUUACCUUAAUCUUCUCGCAGAACAUCGGGUGGAGUUAGUAAACGAAAUUAAAAACACUGAAUGCAUCCUGGAAAACCUGCUACAGUCUGGAUAUUUCACCACAGAAGACAGGGAACUUGUACGGAGGAAGAGAACUCGACACGACCAGGUGCAUGAAAUCCUUGACAUAAUAUGCAACAAAGGACAUGAAGCCGCUGAGUAUUUUGUAUAUGUGAUGUACAAGGCUAAGGAUGUUUAUCCAGAGCUGCAGGACUGGAUAAAAAUAAUUGAGCAUCAACCAUCUGAGCAUUUAGUGAGAAAGACAAUUCUCUUCACAGACGCUGUUUGUCAGUAUUCCGAAAAGCUUAGAUGUCAAUUGAAAAGGGAAACAAAGUUCGUCACAUCGUAUGUCCAGAAAGAAGACAUCUUACUGGAUGAUACAUACACUGAGACUCUUAUGGAACUAAUCAAUGGAGUCAAUGAAACCAAAGGAACCAUUUCCAACUUGGAGGAUUUGUUCAGUGACACAGGCAUCAUCAACGAGGAUGCAGAGACAGUGUUUGUAACCGGUGAUGCUGGGGUUGGUAAGACCAUCCUGCUCCAGAGACUUCAGAACCUGUGGUCCAAAGGAGAGCUCUGUGCUGAUGUUAAAUUCUUCUUCAAAUUUAGAUGCCGAAUGUUCAAUAGCUUUAGAGAGGAAGAUAAAUUUUCUCUCAGAGAUUUACUGUUCAAAUACAACUGUUACCCUGACAAAGACGCUGAUGAGAUAUUUAGUUACAUCCGACAACACCCAGAUUCUGUUCUCUUCACACUGGACGGGUUUGAUGAAAUUAGUGUUGAUUGCGACCUGAGUGAUAUCCCUGAUGUCUCUUCACCCUUUGACCCCACACAUCCGCUCACUCUGUUGAUGAAUCUUCUCCGAGGAAAGUUAUUAAAAGGUUCCAAAAAAUUAUUGACGGCAAGAACUGGCACAAACCUACCAUUGAGAAUGGUGAGAAAGAGAGUGACACUAAAGGGCUUUACAAAGGAUAAUUUACUGCAAUAUUUGAAGAAGUUCUUCAAAAAUCAACCCCAUCAAACUUUGGUUUUGACCCAGCUGGAGGCAAACCCCCAUCUGUGUAGUUUAUGUUCAGUGCCAUUGUUCUGCUGGAUUAUAUUUAAAUGUUACAAACACUUACAGUCGGAAUGUAACUCCCAACAAAUAUUGGAUUAUGUAACAUUGACUGACAUCUACCUGUUGAUGUUGGAGGUUUUCCUAAACCGUUCUUCCAAAACGGGGUUGAACAAAAGAAACAAAAGUCAAAGUGAGACGUUCAAAGCGAAGAGGGAUUCUCUAAUGAGUUUGGGAAAAUUGGCAAAAGAGGGAAUUGAAAGCAAUAACUUUAUCUUUAGUCAGGAGCAAAUUGCAGCAGCUGGCAUCUCAGAGGAGGAUUUACAGUUGGGUUUUGUCAAGAGUGCAGGCCACUAUGAUGGAUGUGGGAACCAAUCCACUUAUGAAUUCCUUCAUCUGACCCUCCAGUCAUUUUUCACUGCGCUUUUCCUAGUUGUUAAUGAGAGAAUUAGUGCGAAGGAAAUCAUUAUGUCUUUUACUGGCAAGAUACCACAUGGAGGGCAGUCAUGUCCAUUCACCUCUUCAGUCUCAUGCAAAAACACCCAGAGGAGUUCAAAAGAACACUUGCUCGUGUCCCAAGAACACUUUCAACUAAUUGUUUUCUUUCUUUGUGGCUUGCUUUCCAAAACCAAGGUAGAUGUACUGAAUCAUUUAACUUGCCAAAUAAGCAUUCAAAGGAAGAGAGCAGCAUUGAAAUCCUACCUUGUUGGCUGUGUGAAAACAUACAUGAACAAUGAUUUCUAUCGGAUGCAAGCUGUCCCAAGCUUCAAGUGGCUGGUGAGAUGCAUAUUUGAAGUGCAGAGCAAAGAAGUAGCCAGACCCGCUGCCAAGAAAAUUCAUCAAGACUAUAUAAAGUUCACCUAUUGCAAUGUCUACUCAGCAGACUGCAGUGCAAUCACUUUUAUUUUACGCGACCUUCAGGAAACAAUUGGGCUUGAGUUAGACAAUAACAACAUCAAUGACUACGGAGUGAGAGAACUAAUUCAUUGCUUCAGUAAACUUCGCAUUAUCGGGUUGAAUGCAAAUCAAAUCACAGAUGAGGGAGUUCUAGUGCUAUCCGAAGAACUUAGAAAGUAUAAAAUUGUUCAAUUUCUUGGCUUAUACAAAAAUCAGAUUACUGACGCUGGUGCCCAGUAUGUUUCAACACUUAUUGAUGAAUGUCCAAGUCUACUCAAAUUGGCCAUUGGCUACAACAUGAUUACAUCUGAAGGAGGGAAAAGACUGGCACAAGCAGUUCAGAAAAGUAAGACAUUCAAACAUCUCUGGAUGUGGGGGAAUCAAGUCGGAGACUUGGGUGCUGAAGCUUUUGCUCAAGCUUUAAGAAACCAUCCUUCUGUAAAAGAGCUCAGUCUUGCAGCAAAUGGCAUUUCCACAGAGGGAGGUAAAUAUUUAGCUGCAGCAUUGGAAGACAACAGUUUCCUGAAGACACUCUGGCUUACAGCAAACAAACUGGACAAUGAAGCAGCGAGGUGGUUCGGAAAUAUGCUCAAAGUAAACAGGAGCCUACAAACCUUAUGGUUGGUUGAGAAUAACUUUACAUUGAUUGGAGCAAAGCAUCUCAUUGAUGCACUGAAAAUAAACAACUCAAUGCAAGACAUUUGUAGUUUGCUGAGAAUGACGGUCUGCUUAAGGUUUGGCGGUUGUUUGAAGGAGGGAAAUGGAAACGUAAAGAUGAAGUGGCAAUGUAUCAUCGAUGACGAUGAACAUUUCACCAAGAUCAGCCCGGAAGCAUGUACUUACACAAUUAACUUCUCAGAGCAGUACCUAUGA